UACGUACAGCUAAACGUUGUACACAUCAAACAUGGCGGCUGCUGCCAAGAUGCGGACGUGGAGUUGUCCUGUCAGACGGGUAUUGUGUCCAUGGCUUCUUUUGUCACUGGUUUUACUCAGCACAUUUAAGACAACAUGUGCUGCACCCGAGCCUGGCCUUUGGAAAAUAACUGUAGUAAAUUCAUCCAAGCCACUCCUGGUCAGAAAAUCUAUGUACAGGAAUACAGACAUACAGUUGAAAGUUGUAUCAUUUUAUUGUCCUGAAAAUGUGGAUUUCACUAUUCACUGGCUUAUAAAAUUCUACCCCUGUCACAAUGAAUUCAAUAAUAUUGAAGAAAUGUAUGAGAGAACACCUCUAAGUCGCGCCCAAGGCCUUGAUCCGAACCCUAUGGACCAAGGAGAAGUCAUUGAACACAGACACAAGGCCAUAACAUGUACAAACAAACUGCUCUCUUUCCCAAUGCUCAAUAAAGCAAAAGCAUAUCCACGCCCUGCUGGUCCUCCCCUUGACCCUAACAAGCCAGAUUCUAACUACACCAGACUGAUUAUUGAUGAGUAUGAGCGCAAAACCGAAAAAAACAGUAAUGUCAGCAUCAAAGACAAUGUGAUUGCCACCACCUGGAGAGAUGGACCAUACCUGCUGGUCAUGAAGAUCCUGACCAACAAGCCAGACUCCCACUGGAAUUUAACGAUUGAUUUGGUGAUGCGAGGUGAACAUGGCUACAUAUCCAUCACAGAGUGGCCUUUGAUGAUUUUCUACAUGGUGAUGUGCAUAGUCUACAUCUUGUAUGCUGUGCUCUGGUUUGUUUGGGCGGCCUGCUAUUGGAAGGAUCUACUCCGUAUUCAGUUUUGGAUUGCUGGGGUCAUAUUCUUGGGGAUGGUUGAGAAAGCGGUCUUCUGUGCGGAAUAUGAAAACACAAAUGCUGUUGGCUCUGCGACAUCUGGCUUAUUGAUUUUUGCUGAACUGAUCUCUGCCUUAAAGAGGACCCUCGCUAGAUUGCUUGUCAUUAUUGUUAGUCUUGGGUAUGGCAUUGUAAAGCCUCGGUUGGGGACAGUUAUGCACAGGGUUGUUGGUUUGGGGAUGCUCUACUUUGCCUUUGCAAGCAUCGAAGGUGUCCUAAGAAUUACUGGGGGUCGGGACAAUGGCCCAGCUCUCAUUACAGAAGUUGUUCUUGCCAUACUUGAUUCCUGUGCCAUCUGGUUCAUAUCCUUCCACUUGGCACAAACGAUGAAGACUCUGAAGCUCAGGAGGAACCCGGUCAAGUUGUCUCUAUACAGACAUUUUACAAACACGCUAAUAUUUGCUGUUCUUGCUUCUAUCAUCUUCAUGGCAUGGAUAGCUAAGAAAUUCCGUCUUGCGGAUUGUCAGUCCGACUGGAUCGAGCUGUGGGUGGAAGAUGCCUUCUGGAGGUUCUUGUUCUCAGUCAUUCUGCUCGUCAUUAUGUUUCUAUGGAGACCGUCUGCAAACAACCAAAGAUAUGCCUUCACACCUCUCAUUGAUGACUCUGAUGAUGAAGAGAUUGAGGAGUUUAUGACCAAUACAAACAUGGCUGAUGGCAUCAAAUUAAGAGCAGCUAAAAAUGAGACCAAUGGUACUGCUAAACCUGCAGAAGCAAACCCAGAUGAAGACUUGAAAUGGGUGGAGGACAACAUUCCAAGCUCAAUUACUGAUGUAGCUCUACCGGUCUUGCUGGACUCAGAUGAGGAAAUAAUGACGACCAAGUAUGAAAUGUCAAAACUGGAGUGAUGCUUUGUUUGGGACCAUCUGCCGACUCCAAGUGUGGACUCCUGUGUGGGUGCUAAAGGUCAUGAUCAAGGCUGCGUGAAGCCGUUUUUGGGGACCCUUUGUUGUUUUAACUCUUUAACAAGACCAGUCUGCACUGACGGUGAAUCAGUGAUUUCCUGAAGUCAUCAGUUUCUAGCCUUUAUUUCCAAAGAGAAUGUGUUUUAUUAAGUGCUGUAUUUAUUAUUGUCAUUCUUUUGAAUUUAUUUUACCAGAGAUUAGCAGGAGCAGUAGGCAUCAUGCAUGAACUCAAACACUGACAGAACAAUAUGGAAGGUAUUUUCAAGGGCCUGUAAAAUAUUAUUUGAGAGACGGUAUCAAGAAAUUUGCAUUUAAGAAUAGAGGGAAAGUAUAGGCUGUUUACAGAGAAAAUAAACCUUAAGAGGAUUUAUUUAAAAUAUUCAACCAUAUUGGAGAUUGAAUUUAGCAUUGUUUAUUAGCUAUAGAAAUGUUAUGUUUUUUGUUUUCUAAAAAGACCAAGCUAAAGGUUGUGCUCCCAGAUAUCUUUGCUUAAUUUUUUUGUAUAAACCAGUGAUUUCACUUCGUAGUCCUCACAUAUGUUUUCAUGUCUGCUUAAAAUCUCUGCCCAACUUAGGGCUCCAAGGACUCAAAUAGAUGUGUCUAGGCUAUGCUUGUUUUCCAUCUAAUUAUUAUCUAAGUCAGGAAAACAUAACAUUUCAUACACUGUUUCAUGUUAGCUCUUAUGCACUUUGAAAAUCAAAGCUGUGCCUAUGUGUAGUCCUGGUUUGGGCCCUGGGGUUUUUGGAGGUCAUUGAAAAUUGAUGUUUCUCUUAUUACUGGUGGCUGUCUGCGAACCUGCCUACAGUAUUGGAAAUAAUGCACAGUUACUUUAAUACAGAUGUUAAUGGGUUCAGUAAUGUAGACACUAGCGUUGUGAUCUGUACAGUCAUGUUCAAGUUUGAAUCUGCCGUGUGUAUGUGGAAAGCUGUUUUGUUUUCCAAAAUAAGAGCAAUAUACUAUUGUGUAUGUUGAUUUAUUUAUUUGUUUAAGUGUACUUAUAGGUUGUUCAUAUGUGGCUUCUUCAUGUUUACUCUGUUUACGAGGUGUGCUUCCAUCUCUGUUAAAGGCAACAGGAGGCUUCGGUUGAUUUUGUUGUCUUUGUCGAUAAAAUCAUUUAUUUUACCUACUAUGUUCUUUAAUCUUUUUUUCUCUGUUGAUGUAAAUCAUUCAUGUCUGGCAUUGUCGGCACAGGCACAAGCAAAUCACUUGAAUAGUGUUUUAAAUGUUUUCUUUUAUAAUGGUUGGAAAGCUGGAAUAAUUGUGCUUUUCAUGGCACUGUUGCUUGUGUUAUAUAAAACUGCAGACACCUGCAGUGGACCUGGUUAUUUGUACAGAUGGUUUUGGCUGAUUCCUGUUAUUUCAUAAUUCCACAGGUGCAAAGGCAUCAGGAGGAAGUGUGCUCUUCAUACCAGCAGUUUUCCUCUUCCUUUUCAGGAAGUGUGUACACUGAUUAAAUAUCAGUAAUUUAUAA